AUGGAAGAUGUUAAGGCCAGCCCGUACAACCAAGUCGUGAAUGAGUACGAGAGAAACGGUUGGUCGCGUCAGUUGUCACAAGAAGAAGUAGAAGCCAAAGAUAAACCAAAAUAUUACCUGCCUCAUCACGGAGUUUAUCGACCCGAGAAGAAAAGUACGCCCUUGAGAGUAGUAUUCGACCCUGCCUGCCAAUAUCAAGGAGUAUCAUUGAAUUCGUUUCUCUACAAAGGUCCUUGUCUUAUUGGAAAUCUACUUGGAGUGUUAUUGCGCUUUAGAGAAGAUCUUGUUGGCCUUGUUGGCGAUAUAUGGAAGAUGUAUUUGCAGAUUUGUCUGCCUGAAGAAGACACGCUUGUCCACCGAUACUUAUGGAGAGAUUUAGAUGAAAGUCGAGACCCAACAGUUUACGCACUCCAAAGAGUCACAUUCGGAGAUAAACCAUCGCCGGACAUGGCAAGUUACGUUAUGAUCAAGAUCGCGAAUGAAAAUGAGUCCCAAUGUCCUCAACCUGCCGUGAUUCUCAAACGUGAUCGGUACAUGGAUGAUCUUAAUCAUUCAACAAGCACGCAGGAAGAAGCAGAAAAGUCCAAAGGCGAAGUCGACGACGUGUUAGCUACGGGGAGUUUUAAUAUAAAGGAAUGGUUUGUUUCGUCGUCUGUUCAAGAAAUGCAAGCUGAGAACGUUUCUAGUCCUGAAGAAGAAAAUCCUGAUUUCAAAGGUAACGUGAUAGGUGUAAAUAGUGAAUGUACAACGACAAAGAAUGUCAACCUAGACGGUGAAGAAGGAAUUAAUCAAAACCUUAGGAGUCAAUUGUUCGGUCCCUUUAAUCUUAAAGUUUCGCAAAAUAAGAGUGUCAAAGCCUGGGGUGCUAUAUUUACCUGUGCGACAGUUCGAGCCAUUCACCUAGAAAUCGUAGAGAGUACGUCAGCUGAAGCCUUUCUUCAUGCACUGCGACGUUUUGCUUCACAUCAUGGCUGGCCUAGCACGAUAAUCUCUGAUAACAGGACGUCAUUUGUUGGUGCUGAGAGAUUGUUGAGAGAAUUGGUUGUAAAGGAGAGAAAGAAACUUAAAGAUUUCGCAACACUCUACCAAGUGGGGGGUAAAUAUUUUCACGAAACGUUUGUUCGCCACCGCAGAAACCUAAAAUAUAUUGUAUUUAUUAUAUUUUUAUGAAUUAUGAUAAAACUACCCAAAUAUUUAUUGCAAUAAAUACAAUAUAUUUUAGGCUUCUGCGGUGGCGAACAAACGUUUCGUGAAAAUAUUUAACCCCCCCCCCCGUCAUGUGUCCACGAGAAGUUUUCGCGAAGAUUGCGCGUGACUUUCAAAUGCUUUGUAUUUUAUUUUGAACCUAAAUAAUCACCGGGAGGGUUUUCCCAUCAAAACCCAACAAAUCUUUUUAUUUUUUCGAUUGGGACUAUUCUACAACGAAUUACUCUUGGAUACUGUAGUCUAAACACAUAGGAAGACGAAGAAGUGGCAUUUAUCGGGCUGCAGAGAAGCGGCGAGCCAUUAAAAUGGCGGCAAUUUGACGAAAUAUCGAAGGACACAAUAUCGAAGAUAAAAUAUACUGCACUGUUUCAAAACUUCAUUAAACUUCGUCGAAAUCGUCUUUAGCCAUCUAUUAUUAUGUAAAAGUACAACAACUGGAUGAUAUCAGCGAGACUCGGCGAUAAAAAGCAAACAAGACGGCAAAGUAUGGCUGAAAUGGUGUUUUCGUGGGGGGUGAGUGAAUUAAAAUGUAUUAUAUUUAAAGAAAACAAUGACAAUCCUUAUGAAAACUACAAUAAUUAUAUUAAAUGAAGCAUAGUUUUUCAUCCCAUGAUAAUUUUCUUAAGGAAAUAAGAACAUUAAAUUUCUGCCAGGCAUAUUAGUAUGGUAAAUAGAACAAUAAGAACAUCAGGUAAAUAGAACAUUAAAUUUCUGCCAGGCAUAAAAUUGAUGAAGUGAGUUGUUUUGUCACAGAAAAGAGUCCUGACCUUGCCUGUAUAACGGAAACAUGGCUAAAUGACCGUAUCUCAGAUUCCUGCCUCGAUAUUCCAGGUUACAAUUUUGUUCAUAAAAACCGCAGUGUGGGCUCCCACGGAGGGGUUGGGGUGUACAUCAGGAACACGAUAUUUUAUAAGCCUCUGAAUCAUCUCCACCAUAUAGAUUACGAAGUUCUGUGGGUCUAUGUUCGUCCAAGUAGACUUCCCCGCAGGUUUUCCUGCUUGAUACUUGGUGUCGUUUACCAUCCACCUAAUGCUAAUGAUGAUGAAAUGCUCCAAUUUCUCUCCACAUCACUGAUUACUAUUGAAAGCACCUAUCCUGGCUGUGGGUUUAUUCUUACAGGCGACUUUAAUCGGUUAAAAUGCAAUCGGAUAUUAACACAGUUCAGUUGCAAACAGAUUGUUAACGUUUCCACAAGGGCCAACCAGACUUUGGAUCUAAUAAUAACCAACUUACAUUCGUUUUAUGAUAAGAACUCUGUCGAAAAAUUUCCGCCAUUUGGUCUUUCAGAUCAUAAUGUUGUGAUUGUCAAUCCUUGUAAAAGAGAACCCAAGUCAUGCAGUAGAAGAAUUAUCUCUAGUAGAGAAUUACGAUCUAGUAAAAGGCAUGAGCUUGGAAGAUACCUUACAUCUAUCGAUUGGUCCUCUCUGA